AUGACUGAUACCCCAACGCGAUCGGGCUCAAAGUCACAUAGAAAACGAUUUGAACCGAUUUUGACGCGCGAAUCCGCACGAGUCAAUGAAAAACAAGUGACUUUCGAAGGUCAUCAAAGAGGCGAUAUGCUCCCUCCACCUCCACCACCCGUUGCUGUCGGACGUGUGCCUCAGAGUCCUGGAAAAUUUUCAUCCACUGUCCAGAGGUCCAGAUUUGCCUCAAGUCCUUCGGUCACGAUCAUGAUGGAAAGUCCCUCCAACCGACCAGAAUCGCCCAAUGGACGAAGGUCUAGAGAAUCGGAUAAGACCAGGCAACCCGAUAGAGCUUACGAAAGGCACUCUUCAGCUAAUACUGAGGCUGUUCCCACCACGUCUUCGAGACGUGCAGGAAGUGCGAGCUUGAAGAAGCCCGGGAUAACGCUUUAUACCAACGAGGAGCGCAAAAAGAGGAAACGCAUGGAAAGAGGAAUCGUCUCGCCUAGUCCUCGCAAAAUGACCCAUCAACAAAUUUCCUACGUUGAUUCUGUCCCACAGUCUCCCCCUCGAAGGCCUCGCUAUUCUACCACCAAUUCCAACCUUGGAAUGAUGGAAGCUUCGUCCCAUCCAAGAAUGACACCUCCACUUUUCCGAGAUGAAGAUUACGAAGUCAAAAGCGAGAACGAGGGGCAAGAGAUGGCAAAAGUUUCUCUUUGUUUGGAACAGCACAGCCAGUGGCGCGAAUACAGAGAAGUAACGAGCUUCUGUUAUAUGUUAGAUGCGCUGGACGAAAUUGUCAAUUCCAAUCAGGUCGACGAUAUCACUCCUUACAUGUCAGAAGACGGUGAACCAUUCGGAAGCAGUGGAGAAAAUUGGCAUGACGGCCAAGAUGAUGUUAACUUUCGUGAUGAGAGCCAAAUUAGUGGAAGUACUUUUGAUAAGUAUCCGGAUUUGAGUGCUGGUCUCGCGAUGGGACCCCAAUUAACUCGAGCUCACCUACCAUAUAGCGAGAUGUCAUUAGAUGAGAGAACUAAAUCGUGUCAGCUUCUUAUGGAUCGGUUCAGCAAGACUGCUCAAGAUGGUCAAGAUAUUUUGAAGCAAAAAAUCGAUCGCAUGGAUACAUGCAUGGAACGGAUUGACGAGCGUUUGCAUCAACUCAACAUUCGUCAACAACAAAUCGAAGCUCGACGAGAACACAUAAGAGUCGGAGUACAAGCGGUUAUCUCUGGUCCCAAACCUGAAUGA